AUGUGUUGUCUCACCUGUAUUUUUCCCAUCAGACUUAUCAAGAACAUGGAACCAGAAAACCAAACAAGUGUAACAGAAUUCCUCCUCCUGGGUCUCUCAGAAAAUCCAGAAUGGCAGCCUCUUCUCUUUGGGCUAUUCCUGGCCAUGUAUCUGACCACUGUGCUUGGGAACCUACUCAUCAUCCUGACUAUCAGCUCUGACUCCCAUCUCCAUACACCCAUGUACUUCUUCCUCUCCCACCUGGCCUUCACUGACAUCUGUUUCAGCACCACCACCAUCCCCAAGAUGCUUGUGAACAUCCAAAGACAGAGCAAAUCUAUCAGUUACACAGGCUGCCUCACCCAGGUCUGCUUCGUCCUGUUUUUUGCAGGCUUGGAAAACUUUCUCCUUGCAGCAAUGGCUUAUGACCGGUAUGUGGCCAUCUGCCAUCCACUGAGGUACACAGUCAUCAUGAAACCCCACCUCUGUGGCCUGCUGAUUCUACUCUCCCUGAGCAUCAGCAUUGCAGACACCCUACUCCACAGUCUGAUGGUGCUGCGACUCUCCUGUGCAGACCUGGAAAUUGCUCAUUUCUUCUGUGAACUUGCUCAGGUCAUCAAGCUCGCCUGUUCUGAUACCCUCAUCAAUAACAUCCUGGUGUAUUUAGUGACUAGCAUUUUGGGUGGUAUUCCUUUCCUUGGGAUUAUUUUCUCUUAUACUCAAAUUGUCUCUUCCAUUCUGAGAAUGCCAUCAGCUGGGGGGAAACAUAAAGCCUUUUCCACCUGUGGGUCUCAUCUCUCCGUGGUUUCCUUGUUCUAUGGGACAGCUUUUGGGGUGUACAUUAGUUCUGCAGUUACUCAUUCUUCCAAGGAUACUGCAGUAGCCUCCGUGAUGUAUACCGUGGUCCCUCAAAUGUUGAACCCUUUUAUCUAUAGCCUGAGCAACAAGGACAUGAAGGGAGCCUUGAGGAAACUGAUCUGAGAAACAUCUCCUUUUUUAUUAUUGUGUUACCACCUGUCUUG